GGGGGCAGGAGAGGAGGAGCCAGAGGAGGUGUCUGCUGCAAGUUCCUGGCUGCUUCUGAGCUCACCCCAUCCUCCGAGAGGGAGGAGGCCCAAGUGGUGAUGCUGGUGCUGCCGCCGCCUGGACUGCUGGUACUCUAGUGGGGCUGGAAGGGUGGUUCCUUUUUGCACCAUCGCCAUCCAGAGACUGAGGGUGAAAAAAAAAAAAAAAAAAAAAAAAAUCCCAGCAGCCGCUGCUGAUGUUGGGUUCGGAGGCUGCAUCCGACUCGGUCACAAGGAAAAUGGAUUCAGUUUGCACCUCUCCCUCCUUUCAACAGCUUCUCCAGGUCUCCGCAUGGGCUUCCAGGGCAGCGGCUAAGGAGACCUUACCAAGGACCACCACGCAGUAGAUGCUGAAACAUCGCACUCCGGGAUAAGAAACAGGAACAUGGCAGCACCCGUGUGAAAGGACUUAAAAACCAACAGACUCCAUUUAGAAAGGAACAAUGUCCAAGAAAGGGCGAAAUAAGGGCGAGAAGCCCGAGGCGCUCAUCGUCGCCCUUCAAGCUGCCAAUGAAGACCUCAGGACCAAGCUCACAGACAUCCAGAUAGAGCUGCACCAAGAGAAGUCCAAGGUAUCGAAGCUGGAAAGAGAGAAGACUCAAGAAGUCAAGAGGAUCCGGGAGCUGGAGCAGCGCAAGCACACCGUCCUGGUGACCGAGCUCAAAGCCAAGCUCCACGAGGAGAAGAUGAAGGAGCUGCAGGCCGUGCGGGAGAGCCUCAUCAAGCAGCACGAGCAGGAGAUGGCGAGGACAGUGAAGGUGCGGGACGGGGAGAUCCAGAGGCUCAAGUCGGCGCUGUGUGCCCUCCGGGACGGCAGCAGCGACAAAGUAAGGACAGCGCUCACCAUGGAGGCCCGGGAGGAGGCCCGGAAACUGUUCGAUGCGGAGCGCAUUAAGCUCCUACAGGAAAUUGCGGACCUGAAAACGGCCAAGAAGCAGGUGGACGAGGCCCUCAGCAACAUGAUCCAAGCGGAUAAAAUCAAGGCCGGGGACCUGAGGAGUGAGCAUCAGUCCCACCAGGAAGCCAUCUCGAAGAUCAAGUGGGAGUCCGAGCGGGAUAUCCGGAGGCUGAUGGAUGAAAUCAAAGCCAAGGACAGGAUCAUCUUUUCCCUGGAGAAGGAACUGGAGACUCAGACAGGCUAUGUACAGAAACUCCAGCUGCAGAAGGAGGCUUUGGAUGAGCAGCUCUUUCUGGUCAAGGAAGCUGAGUGCAACAUGAGCAGCCCGAAACGAGAAAUUCCAGGGAGAGCAGGCGAUGGCUCGGAGCACUGCAGCAGUCCUGAUUUGCGGAGAAAUCAAAAGAGAAUAGCUGAAUUGAAUGCCACUAUAAGAAAAUUAGAAGACAGGAAUACCUUGCUUGGAGAUGAACGAAAUGAAUUGUUAAAGCGCGUGCGGGAAACCGAAAAGCAGUGUAAACCUCUCCUGGAAAGGAACAAGUGCCUCGCCAAGAGAAACGACGAGCUGAUGCUGUCCCUGCAACGCAUGGAGGAGAAACUGAAAGCCGUUACCAAGGAAAACUCCGAAAUGAGAGAAAAAAUAACAACCCAUCCACCCUUGAAAAAAUUAAAAUCUCUGAAUGACCUCGAUCAAGCUAAUGAAGAACAAGAGACAGAGUUUCUCAAACUUCAGGUCAUUGAGCAGCAGAACAUUAUUGAUGAGCUCACCAGGGACCGAGAAAAGCUCAUCCGCAGAAGAAAGCAUAGAAGAAGUUCCAAGCCAAUUAAGAGGCCUGUUUUGGACCCAUUUAUUGGUUAUGAUGAUGACUCCAUGGACUCAGAGACAUCAUCCAUGGCCUCAUUCAGAACAGACCGAACACCAGCUACUCCCGAUGAUGACUUAGACGAAAGUUUAGCAGCUGAAGAAUCUGAGCUACGAUUUCGACAACUAACAAAAGAAUACCAGGCCCUCCAAAGAGCGUAUGCCCUCCUGCAGGAGCAGACUGGAGGCAUCAUCGACGCUGAAAGGGAGGCCAAGGCUCAAGAACAGCUCCAAGCAGAGGUGCUAAGGUAUAAAGCCAAAAUUGAAGAUCUGGAAGCGACUCUGGCUCAGAAAGGGCAGGAUUCACACUGGGUAGAAGAUAAACAACUUUUCAUUAAGAGAAACCAGGAGCUUUUAGAAAAGAUAGAAAAGCAGGAGGCAGAAAAUCACCGCUUACAACAGGAACUGCAGGAUGCCAGAGACCAGAAUGAACUGCUGGAGUUUCGAAACCUAGAGCUAGAAGAAAGAGAGAGACGGUCCCCUCCAUUUAAUCUACAAAUUCACCCAUUCUCAGAUGGUGUGAGUGCUCUCCAGAUCUACUGUAUGAAAGAAGGUGUCAAGGAUGUGAACAUCCCUGAUCUCAUAAAGCAGCUUGAUAUCCUGGGGGACAACGGGAAUUUAAGAAAUGAAGAACAAGUGGCCAUAAUUCAGGCCAGCACUGUGCUGUCCCUGGCAGAGAAGUGGAUCCAGCAAAUCGAAGGAGCAGAAGCUGCCCUGCACCAGAAAAUGAUGGAAUUGGAAAGUGACAUGGAACAAUUCUGCAAAAUCAAAGGCUAUCUGGAGGAAGAACUAGACUACAGAAAACAAGCUCUGGACCAAGCAUAUAUGAGAAUCCAGGAACUAGAAGCUACUUUGUACAAUGCUCUGCAGCAAGAAACUGUUAUCAAGUUUGGUGAACUGCUGAGUGAGAAACAGCAAGAGGAGCUGAGGACGGCGGUAGAGAAGCUACGGCGGCAGAUGCUGAGGAAGAGCCGAGAAUAUGACUGUCAGAUCCUUCAGGAGAGAAUGGAGCUCUUGCAGCAAGCCCACCAGAGAAUCCGUGACUUAGAAGAUAAAACAGACAUCCAGAAAAGACAGAUAAAGGACUUAGAGGAAAAGUUUCUGUUUCUAUUCUUGUUCUUCUCUCUUGCCUUUAUUCUAUGGCCUUGAUGUCAAGGUGCCUCUUAAAGAGUAACCGAAAACACGGAUAAAACCCCAGAGGGACAAAUGCUUCUAAACCUUCAAAGAUGGCAGAAAUGUUUACAGCAGUGAGAGAGAGAGAUCAAAAGCUAAGAACUACCCUGUAGCCAGGACUACAACUGUGUAUUUUAAAGCCAUUAUUCAAGGUUUCUUACUUGACAGUUCCUACAUGACCCUGGUGAAAAUCUACAAUAUAUGCUGCAUUUAAUGAAACGUGUACAUGUCAAGCCAGAAGAAAAGAACUAUAAACAUAUAUUGUGAAGGCAAAAAACAAAUCAACCAUGGAAACAGAUUCAGCAGAUCACACAAAGAUGUGUCUUGGGCAUGGAACCAAAGUUACAAAGAACCAUUCUACCCCUGCUGUGCAGGGGGGUCAUUUUAAUGUAACACCACACCCCAUGGAAACACUAGUCCUGAAAUAAACACCAUUUAAAAAAAAAAAAUCAAAACAAACAACAGAAACUAGGGUGGGUGGGAAUGAAGCACGAGGAAUACCUAUGAGGAGCUAUUUACAAUAAAAUGUUUCGUUUGAAAAGUCUGGUUUCUUACUACAGGGAUUUGCUUUUUUGUCUUUAUUAUUGUUUAAAACUCAGGAACAGAGACCUCUGCCAUGUGAGGGGGAAGGAAAGCGCUCUCCGGUUGGUUUUUCUGCCAAAGGUGGAGCAGGUGGAGUGCUUCCCACAGCUGAGAGAUCUGAGCCGUGGCACACCGUGACCCCGACUGCCCUGGCGGCCACGGCGGGGACCUCGGCGACUGGGACAUCAGACACAGAAGCAGACUUGAUGCUUCCUUGACCUCCUGUCACAUCUGUCUUGCUCCGGGAUCAAGAGACUGAUCUCAUUCACGUUGAAAAUGAAGAAGACGAUGCUCUAAGUCACUAGCUCCCUGACUUAGUUCUAUUUAUAAUACCAAUAUCUAUAGGGGACACGGGCCAGAGAGCAUCUCUGAAUCUUUCCGUUUAACAAAAUACUGGUUUUCAAAUGGCUGCUUAGAAUUGCCUGCAAAUAAAUGUCAUAUGAUUCCAGUAAAACCACCGUAGAGAUGACAAGUAAACUUCUAACAACUUUUGAGUUUGCCACACAGGGAUGUGAAUAUAAAACUAAAUUAUGAUUGUUUUUUUAAAUGUCCUGAUAAGCCUCCAGGACUUGGAUCUCUUGUCAUUUAAAUAGAUAACAUUGUUUGUUUUUCCCAGAUUGCUGACAGCAACAAGAUAGCUCUACUUUUUUAUAUAGAAGUAACAUUAUGUUACUGAUAAGGUUUGUUUUCUACCAGAGACAAUUAAAAGACUGGUCCUUUUCCUAAGUUAUGUAAUACCGAGUCUUGGAUUCAGGUGUGAGAGCAAAUAAAUGUUCCUGAAAAGCUAAUUUUACACCUCACUUACUGUAGAUAACAAAACAGCCUCAAUUUUUCAAAUCGUCAAGGUGUUAUUUACAGGGCUAGAGUUCCCAUGCCCAGAGAAUGUGUCUAGGGAGCCAGAACCUCUUUCUAUGAAAUACUUCCCAAGUCCUCCCACACGUGGGUUCAGUAUCUUAUUCUUCAGUUCUAGCACUGGCGUUUGCAAAGCCAGCAAGCCACUGAAGAGUGUACAAGAAAAGCCGCAAUGCUGGGGUCCGCUUUUUGUUUUUGUAUUGACUGCUGACACAGGUAUCGUUGGCCCAGUCACUUAACCUCUCUGUGCCUCAGUUUCCUCAUCUGCAAAAUGAGGUUAAAAAGCUUUUUUCAUGAAGUUUCUUUCUUGCAAUUCUGGAACAAGAGGUGCUUAAAGUAGCACAAAGUGCUUUGUAAUUACUCUGACUGCGAAUACUAUUUGACUUUCCUGUAUUGUUGAGAACGAGAGUCCCCUCUGUGAUGACAUAGUGCUUGGGUUGGGUUGGAUCUAAGUCCUGCAGCACUGAAGCCUUCCCAUCAAACCACCUGGGGCAUUCCUAGCGAUAAGGACUGAGAGGUCAGAGCCAAGGGCUGUAAUAACCCACAGGAAGUGAGAUCAUCUCCUGCUAUUAUUGAGCAAGAUAGAAGUGUGUGCCAUCCCAGUGAUGAGGAUCUUCUAGCUCUCCUCAUUGCGUAUGCAGGGCAGGAUACAAAACUCACUUUCUCAUCGGAGGGCCAGCCAUAAAAUGAGGGCUUGGAGUGAACUGAUAGCAUCACAUAAUUCAUCGGAUCACCCCUUCCAUUUGGGGGGAAGGUCCGGUGAUGUGUCCUACUGGGAAUAUAUAAGAUAACUAUCCUGCUGAAUUAUUUGUUCAAUUGGGUAGGUUCCGGACUAAAUGUGAAUAGUACAUUGGUUGUGCAGACGGUGUGAAAGAGGGUGCCCUCCAGCUUGUGACCAAACCCUUUCGAACCUCAAAACAUAUGGGAGAGGAUAAAUUACCCUUCGUACCUUCAACUUUUCUCUUUCACUGUCUUCAUUGCCAUUCCAGGAUCCAUCUGAGCAAAUUCAUACUCCACUUCCUCCAGCAAACCUACGUUCCUUCUCUUCAUCUUGCUUUCCCCACCAAGAAAUUUGUAGUUUAAAUUUGACUUCCAAGUACUGGCUAUGGUUUAAAGGAUGAGAAAAAUUUGUAAAAAUAAUGUGGUUUCAUCAUAUAUGCGAUCUGCUAUGGCUCAUUGCAUCACCCACACAAAUCACACAAGAGCAAUGACAUCUAAGCAGUUUUAGAUGUGCUUAGGGAAUGUGUUGCUUAAGAUCCAGGAAAUUAGCAAAUUUCUCUAUAUUGUAGGCUAACAGGUGAUAUGUUUGCCUAGUCUUACUCAUGAUCCUCAAAAUUAUUAUUGGAUACGGUCAAAUAUUUUUAUAGGUACACCUCUCUGUUAUCCAUUUCCACAAUUACAAAAAAACAAUAGCAAAAUUGUAACUGUCUGAUAUCGUCACUCGUGGAUCCAUGGAAAUGGAUCAUAUCUAAACGAGUGCUGCCCUUGUAAAUGAUGUUCAGAAAAAAAGAAUGUCUUACUGAUAGAGGGAGGCUUACUGUGGCCCUACUCCUUACAAAGAACAGGCAAUUCCCACUUGGAUCUUUAAUUUCUGCAUCUUAACUAUCCCACCACAUUUGGCCAAUGGGUUAGCCAUCAGAACAGCAUUCUUCAGGGUCCAUUUACUUAAAUUUUCUUAAAAUAGUCAUCUCUUGGGAAAUAAAGAUAAUACUAAACAAUACCAACAAUACUAAAAAAUAGUUUGAGAUAAAAUAAAAGCCCAAAUUUA